AUGUACGAAGGGAUUGACAACCUGAAAUCCCUUUACGACCGUGCCGGGAAGACUUUCUCCGGCGGUCCUUCUGCGGCACAGGAUGUGCCGCGUCGUACUGCUCGACCAGACCCAGUACGUCAACCAUCAAUUGGGAGCGGGGCUCCCAAGAAUCCCAGGACGGGGGAUAAGCCGGCGCCACCGGACGAGGUAACUCGUCCGACGUCCAGUUCACGUCGCGGUGGUUCAACAGCUGCUCAACUAGAUAGCGCUGGCCACCGCGAGAGUCCUCUAAUGGAGGUGGAGGAGGAGGAAAGACGCUCUCCACACGAUCAUGUGGAUCGGUGUGUUCCCGAGAGCUUUUUUGAUCGCGUAACGCAAGGGUUACGCGACGAUCUCGAGCAUGAGCGGAAUAGGCGUCUCCAGAUGGUGGACACUGCCUCGAAGCAUCGAGCUGAGUUUGCCUUUGCUCAGCUUGAGAACGAGAGAUCUCUGACAUCUCUUCGUGACGAGCUAAGGGUAGCUCGUGGGAUUGUUGAUCGGUCUCGGGCUGAGAUAACUGCUCUUCAGACCCUUGUUGAUGCCCACCAUCGGGAGCACAAGGCUCUCUGCGAGAUGCUUGAGCGCAAGGGCGUUCUUCAUCGGAAGAAGCAGCGUACUGAUGGUACGGCUUAA